CGAAACAUUAAUAUUCCCUUUUCCUAUAUUUCCUAACAUUUGAGAUCAAGUAAAAGAUUAUCAUACAUUAUUUAUGAGUUUUAGUUGAUGUCUCAUAAACCUUCCGCUAUUGAGUAUACCGACAAGUUUCGUUUAUUUGUUAGUAUACUCAAGUGUACUCGCUAACCGAAUAGUAAACAAAAUGACAGAUGUAUAAUGUUGACAAAAUGAUUUGCUAAAGGAGUGUGUCUAAAGAAACUUCUAAUGUUAAAUUCCAUUCACUAAUCAUUUGUAUGCUUAAUCGGAUAGGAAAUGAUGCAGAAAAGUCUGUCACAAAUAAAAAUUACACAGGCUAAGCAAACCUAAUACAGUUAAAAAUCCAAUUUAUGAAAAGAUGCACAGUUACUUGAGAAUAUCGAGCUAAUGUAGUUGGAAAAAUGGUUCCUACCUGAAUUACUGAAAAACGUACUAGCUAAUAUCCAAUACGACUCAAAGUAGCUUUCAGGAAUAAGCUCAUAAGCGCACAUGAGUCUGGAUGAACAUUAAUUAUAGUGAACACAUGAAGCACUGAAGGGGUUCAUCGAAGUUCAUAUAGAUCAAAAGUUACAUAUUAUUCCCUUCACCUAAGCUGAAAUUUUCUCAAUAUAUUCAAUUAAACAUGUCUUUCUUCCGAUUAAUUCUUUAUUAUCUUUUAAACUUGUGACUUUCAACUCAGCUGACUUUGAGCGUUUUCUUUCCUUCCACUCCAAAGUAGACUGUUGGGUAAACCAGUCUCAAUUUUCAGUUUCUUAGUUUUAAACAUGUAUCCUUCUAUGAAAAAUGAUUUAAUCUUAAGAGCAGCAAGGGGGGAAACGGUAGAACGACCACCUGUUUGGAUUAUGAGACAAGCAGGACGAUAUCUGCCAGAAUACCACAAACUCAGAUCAAAGCAGAGUUUUUUUGAAAUGUGUCAAACUCCAGAGACGUCUUGUGAGUUGACUCUUCAACCCAUUAAGCGUUUUGACGGUUUGCUUGAUGCCGGCAUUAUUUUUAGCGAUAUCUUAGUAAUUCCUCAGGCGCUUGGCAUGCAGGUUGUCAUGCUCGAGCAAAAAGGCCCGCACUUUCCGGAGCCGUUGGUAACACCAGAAGAUCUUGAAAAGCUGGAAAAGGUCCCCAAUAUUCCAGCUAAAUUAGGAUAUGUAAUGGAUGCGAUUUCUUUGACAAGAGAAAAUUUAGAUGGGAAAGUUCCUCUUUUGGGGUUUUCAGGAGCACCUUGGACUAUUAUGGCUUACAUGAUUGAAGGAGGCGGUUCGAAGGCGUUUACAAAAGCAAAGACUUGGCUCUUCCGUUACCCAGAGGCUUCUCAUCGUCUUUUAACCAUGGUUACUGAUGCUACCAUUGUUUAUCUGACGCAACAGGUUUACGCUGGGGCUCAAAUGCUACAAAUAUUCGAUUCUUGGGCCGGAGAGCUUUCACCUCAGGAUUUUUUCGAAUUUUCCUACCCUUACUUGGUUAAAAUUUGUGAAGGGGUGAAAAAGGAACUGAAAAAAAGCAAACGAACCCCCGUGCCCAUGAUUGUAUUUCCAAAGGGAGCCUGGUAUGCCCUUGACAAGCUUUGUGAUUCUGGUUACGACGUAAUUGGUCUUGAUUGGACUAUAGAUCCCAGGGAGGCUGUUCGUAUUCGUGGAGAGCGUCGCGUUAUAUUUCAAGGUAAUUUAGAUCCCAAUAUCCUAUACGGAGGUAGAGAAAUCAUUGAAAGUCGUACAAAAGAGAUGAUUGAGGCUUUUAAUGGUGGAAAGCAAGGCUAUAUUAUAAAUUUGGGACAUGGUAUAACACCUGGUGUGAAUCCAGACGAUGUUCGUUUCUUUUUAGAACAGUGUCACAAGUAUGGCUCUCAAAAUUGAGCCACAAAUAAACUUAUGUUUUCUUUAGAGUAUGCUCAUUUGUCUAGUCUCUUUGACUUGACUUUAAUUCUCUUAAUGGCUUGGUUCUCUACUGCCUUUUAUUCGCUCCUUCGAAGUUUAAAUGCCUUUCUAUUUUUUGGGGAGCUUUGCAAAGCAAUUUAAAAUAGUAUCUAGCUCUCCAGUGUUUCCACACAAGAAAAUAAUUUCAUUUCUUUUUGUUUAACUUUCUUGCCCAUCUUUAAAGGGAUAAGCAUUCACUCGAUCACUCAAUGUUGACAUUUUUGUAAUUACUCGUAGAUAGCGGUUUUCUACACUUAGCUUAUUAAUUGAAAAAUUAUGCUACUUUCUUUUUGACUGUUAUAUUUUAGGUCUCGUUUGGCA